CGGUACGCGCUACUGAAAUGUCCAGUGGAUAACGUUCUCUUCCUCCUGUGUCAAAGCUCUAGCCAGUAAUGGCAAUUGCAAUUUGAAUCCUGAGCUCCAUCUCCAUGGCUUCACUCCCCCUUCAGCAACAUUCGCACCCUUUUUUCAACUACAAGGGUUCCAGCCAUGGCUGCUCACCAAGACCUAGCUACCCAUUCCUCUGUAAUAACCGGAAUAAAGUCGGACCGAUCAGAGCUUCUACCGAUAUUCCGCUUCUCAGACUACUUCAGCCUCGCCAAGUCGAAGAAUCACCCUCUGAGCUGGAGCCUGCGGACCCUGAUUUCUACAGGAUAGGCUAUGUUAGGAGUGUUCGAGCUUACGGGGUUGAAUUCAUGGAAGGACCUAACGGGUUUGGAGUGUAUGCUUCCAAAGAUGUCGAACCACUUCGCCGAGCCAGGGUCAUUAUGGAAAUACCAUUAGAGUUGAUGUUAACGAUAAGCCAAAAGCUUCCAUGGAUGUUCUUCCCUGAUAUUAUUCCACUGGGUCAUCCUAUAUUUGAUAUUAUCAACUCAACCAAUCCAGAGACAGAUUGGGACCUGAGAUUAGCAUGUCUUCUUUUGUUUGCAUUUGAUAGGGAGGGUAACUUCUGGCAGUUAUACGGUGACUUUUUGCCUAGUGCAGAUGAGUGCACCAGCUUGCUCCUAGCUACAGAGGAAGACCUUCUAGAGUUGCAGGACCAAGAUCUGGCUUCGACUAUGAGAGCACAAAAGCAACGAGCAAUAGAAUUUUGGGAAAAGAAUUGGCACUCUGCUGCACCCCUAAAAAUAAAGCGCCUGGCACGUGAUCCUGAAAGAUUCGUUUGGGCAAUGAGUAUUGCACAAUCACGAUGUAUUAACUUGCAAAUGAGGAUUGGCGCACUUGUCCAAGAUGCAAACAUGCUAAUUCCUUAUGCUGACAUGCUGAACCAUUCCUUUCAGCCAAAUUGUUUUUUUCACUGGCGUUUUAAGGACCGCAUGCUUGAGGUGAUGAUAAAUGCUGGGCAGCGGAUCAAAAAAGGGGAAGAGAUGACUAUCGACUACUUGAAGGGAAAGAAAAAUAAUAUGUUUAUGCAACGAUAUGGCUUUUCUUCAUCGGUGAACCCUUGGGAUGUCAUCCAGUUCUCUGGAAAUGCACAAGUUCACUUGGAUUCCUUCUUAUCAGUCUUCAAUAUCUCUGGUCUCCCUGAGGAAUACUUUCAUAACACAGGUCAGCUAUCAGAUGAUGGAGAUAGUUUUGUUGAUGGUGCAGUCAUUGCAGCAGCACGAACGUUACCCACGUGGUCAGAUGGGGAUAUGCCUCCAGUUCCAAGCAAGGAAAGGAAGGCUGCAAGGCAGCUACAAGAAGAAUGCCAACAGCUGCUGGCAGAAUUCCCCACAAAUUUCCAACAAGAUCAGCAAAUCCUAGAUUCUAUGCCAGAUGUGAGGAAAACCCUUGAAGCUGCAAUCAAGUAUCGAUUGAAUCGGAAGUUGUUUCUGGAGAAGAUCAUCCAGGCACUAGAUAUUUAUCAAACACGACUAUUGUUUUAACUGUGUAUUCGUCCUGUAUUGGUUUAGAACUAUUUCUCGAAUCUAUAAAGGGGAUUUAGCUUGUAGU